AUGUCUGGCUGGGGAAGUCAAGCUGCAGACUCUGGCGGCUGGGGCACUGCUCCUGCUGCGAGCGAUGCCUGGAGCGGCAACCAUGCCACGGCUGAUGAUUCUUGGGGUGCUGGACCGAGCGCCGACCGCACGACGCGCGGAAAUGCUAGCAUCUGUAGUGGCCCAGGAAAAGCUUCUGAGGAGAAACAGACUGUUGAUCUUUCCACUGGCACUACGGAGGCCACCACUAUUGCCGAUGGCCCAGGUGACACUACCGAGGCUCAUGCUGAAGCGGAAGCAAAGUGCUUCAACUGUGGCCGGAAAGGUCACCGUGUUGCCGAGUGCCCUGAGCCCCGGAACAUGACCUGCCGCUACUGCAAACAGGACGGACACAUGGUUCGCGACUGCCCUGACAAGCCACCGAUGGUCUGCAGCAACUGUGGCCAAGAAGGACAUCUUCGAAACAACUGCGAAAAUGCUCGCAAGGUGAAUCGGAACCAGGUCGCCGACGUCUCCCCAGAUGAGGCCUGGGCCAAGAUCGAAAAGGCCGCCAUUGAACGAGAUGUAGAUGACGCCAAGGAAGCCGUUCAGGAGUAUGUCAAGGCUGUGGGAGGCGCCAUCACCUACAGGGAACUCCAGGAAGACUUGUUGAACAAAGGUGUCAACUUGUUCCUCAUCGGCACGGAGAGAUCCCUGGUCACCGUCUUCACCAAUAUGGAUCUUCAGGGAAACAUGGGAAAGAAGUACAGCAUUUCCUAUCGCUUCACCGACAAGCCGGACCGGCCCCGCGAGGCAGAGUCAUUCCCGAAGAGCCACGAGGAGCUGCUCGCACGUCUUGACGAUGCUGGAGAGAUUGUGAACUCGGGUCGUUCUAAAUGCCACAAUUGUGGCGAACUUGGUCAUGUUGCAAAGUUUUGCACCCAGGAAAGAACGGAAAGGCCGGACCAGCCGAAGAUUUCGUGCAGCAACUGCAACGAAGAAGGACAUCGCCUCCGUGACUGCCCUCAACCUCGUGUAGACAAGUCUGCCUGUAGAAACUGCGGCAAAUCUGGCCAUAGGGCCGCCGACUGCGAAGAGCCCCCAAAUCUCGACAAUGUGGAAUGUCGCAAGUGUCAUGAAAUGGGACAUUUCUCUAAGGACUGCCCGCAGGCUGGUCCCCGCGGAUGCCGCAAUUGCGGCUCUGAGGAACACAUGGCUCGAGAUUGCGAUCAACCCCGCAACAUGGACCUCGUCACCUGCCGCAACUGCGAAAAGCAGGGGCAUAUGAGCAGGGACUGCCCGGAGCCGAAAGAUUGUAAGUUGGCUUGA